AUCCUUAAUUUUGAAACCCAAAAAAUUUAACGUUAAUGAAACAAAGCCAUGUCAUCAAGCUCAAGCACAGUCACCGGGGACGAUAAGUUCCGGCAAUCGGAGACGGUCAUCGCCGGCGAUCUCUCGGCUCCCAACAUGAGCACGGAAGCCAUCUCUUUCUCCUCUGGAAACCCUAGAAUCGAAGAGACACGUGGAGUUAUGCAUCUCUUCUCUAAUGACGCUGUUUCCACCCUUCCCGUUGAAAGGAAACCCCUUGUAUGUGUGCUGGGGGUGCCAAACCACAUGACAUAUGCUGAUUUCUGUCAAUUUUGUGCUUCAUUUAUCCAUCAUAUAUUGGAGAUGAGAAUCGUCAGGAAUGAUGGCAUGGAGGAUCGCUAUAGUGUUUUAAUAAGAUUUGAUAGCCAAGACUCUACAGAUAAAUUCUACCAGCAUUUUAACAACAGACAAUUUAAUUCUCUUGAGGAAGAAGUCUGCCGUGUGCUUUUUACAGUGGAUGUGCAGUUCACGGGCUAUAGCGGUUCUCUUGACCAUGUACAGUCUCCCCCUGCAAGUUCAACUGAGCAGCCUUCAUGUCCAGUUUGUCUUGAGAGAUUAGACCAGGACACAAGUGGAAUUCUCACAACCAUCUGUAAUCAUUCUUUCCAUUGCUCCUGUAUUUCAAAAUGGACAGAUUCUUCUUGUCCAGUAUGCCGAUAUUGCCAGCAGCAGCCCGAAACAUCGACAUGUUUCAUAUGUCAGACUUCUGAGAAUCUUUGGAUUUGUGUUCUUUGUGGUUUUGUUGGCUGUGGAAGGUAUAAAAGGGGACAUGCUAUAAUACAUUGGAAAGAAACGCAACACUGCUAUUCUCUUGAAUUGGAAACGCAGCGUGUCUGGGAUUAUGUUGGUGACAAUUAUGUCCACCGACUAAUUCAAUCCAAAACUGAUGGCAAGCUGGUCGAAUUGAAUUCACAUUGUCUGCAUGCUAAUGAUGGCUGUGGAAGCUGUGACUGUGCAGAUUCUGGAAUUAGUGAGGCUAUUUUGAGCUGCAAAGCUGAGAUUGUUAAUGAAUACAAUGAACUACUCCGCACCCAACUUGAGAACCAAAAAUUGUAUUAUGAGACUUUGCUUCAACAAGUCAAUGAAGAAACUGAGAGGGAAAUUGCAGAUGCUGUUAAUAAGGCUGUCAUGCAAAAACGACAGAAGAUGCAGGCCAAGCUUGAAAGAUGUGUGAAGGAAAAGAAAUUUCUUGAGGAUCUCAACGAGAAUCUUUUGAAAAAUCAGGAGAUAUGGAAAGCAAAGCUAUUGGAAGUUGAAGAGAGGGAAAAGAAGGCUUUGAGGAUGAAGAAUGAUAAAAUCCAGGCCUUGGAUGAACAGCUUAGAGAUUUGAUGGCACACCUUGAAGCAGGCAAGGCAGUGGAGCAAUUGUCAAUAUCCGAUGAAAUCAAUGAUACCACUGUCUUGCCAAAAGCACUAGAGUCUUCCUCGAGGAAGGAAGAAAAAGAUUCUAAAAAUGAAACGAGCAGCUAGAAGGGUGGAUGAACAAUGAGAAAAGCCGCUUCCAGAAACUUGUGCUUCUUGUGUAAGAAUUCCUUGUUCCUGCUCUACUUUACAGGCCGGGGGUUUAUUGGUGAGGGCUUAGGCCAUGUGUUUAGGCACUGUUUUGGGUCUUAGGUUACAGAUGGAUCAAGGGAAGUCGCUGUAAAAAGUUGGGGGUUUCAAGCUAAGGAAAGAGUUAGAGCAGUGAUUUAGUUUAAUUGGAUGGUGAGAUGGGUGGGACCCAAUUUUUGUUACUUGGAAUUUUGUUUGGGGGGAAGAAGUGGCGAGUGACGAAAGAGAAAAGAGAAGGCAAUGGAAAGAAUAAGAAAUGCAUUGUAAGAGGUCAUUGCAUACGGUUAUGUACGCAGAUGCUGCUCAACGUCAAUGGUUGUGGUUUGAAAAAGUUGGUUUAGAGUUUGGACAGUUGUGUUGGGGUGGAGCUCAUACCUUUUUAUUUUCUCUAAUCUCGACGGUCUGCACCUUACGUUUUCCCUAUCCUUUUCCAACUCAAAAAGAAAGAAAGAAAUUGAAUAUCAUGGUUAUUUGUACUCUAAAGAUGAUAUUAAUGUGACGAAUGACGCAGCCCCAUUUAACUCAUUGUUUGAUUA